CAUGUAUUGUUACAGGAAUGUCACCAGUUCAAUUCCUGAAUUGAUAUUAUCCAUUGUAGGGGAACUCUCUCCACCCUCAUUACCACUGAUAAUGUCUAAAAAGACCAGUUUAUUAAGAUUGUGGACACAGUAUGACAAUUAUUAUAUAUUAUAAUACCCUUGCCUGCCAGUUUUGACGUCUGCCGCUACACUAAGUGGGCUUUUAUUUUGAAAGCACAACAGGAAGUGACCGUAUUGACGCUUAUAGUUAUUUUGAUACUUUCUUUUCCACAGUUGCCGAUCCCUGAGGUUGUGAUCCUCCACAGUGAGUGUGAUCUCCCAGCGGCCAGACGCGCUCCUCUGCAGACAGCGGGCUCCUCUGCUCCUCUGCUCCUCCUCUGCUCCUUCUGCUCCUCCUGAAAGCUCACAAAGCCUGAAGCAUGCAAUGCAGCCUGUGUAGAGGUUAGUGAGGGCGGAUCACCCACUCCAGCACCCCGGGGUCGCGCUUUGUUUGCAGUGAAGACCCACAUUUUCUUUCGCUUUUAAAAAUAAAUAAAUAAAUCUCCUGAUUUCCUGAAAAUGGAUCCUUUACGAAAUGGGAAUAAUAAUUGCGAGGAGGACUCACAGUGUGUUGAAGAGGAGGAAGAAGAAGUGGAUCCAAGAAUCCAGGGAGAGCUGGAGAAGUUAAACCAGUCUACAGACGACAUUAACCGCUGGGAGAGUGAGUUGGAGGACUGCCGGCAGCGGUUUCGUGCCGUGCUGGUGGAAGCAACAGUGAAGCUGGACGAGCAGGUGAAGAGGAUCGGACGAGCUGUGGACGACUCCAAACCGUACUGGGAGGCCCGCAAAGUAGCAAGACAGGCCCAGGUUGAAGCCCAAAAGGCCACUCAGGAGUUCCAGCGGGCGGUGGAGAUCCUGCGGGCAGCCAAGGAGACCAUCGCCCUGGCUGAGGAGAGGCUGCUGGAGGAGGACAGCCGCCAGUUUGACUCCGCCUGGCAGGAAAUGCUCAACCACGCCACGCAGAGGGUGAUGGAGGCGGAGCAGGCGAGAACACGCAGUGAAGCUGAACACAAAAAAACAGCAGCCAAUUACAACUCCUGUAUCAGCCACAUGAGGCAGUUAGAGAAGAAACUCAAACGCUCCAUCAACAAAUCCAGGCCGUAUUUUGAACUGAAAGCCAAGUAUUAUCUACAGCUUGAGCAACUCAAGCGUCAUGUGGAUGAGCGUCAGGCCAAACUUGUAGUUGCGAAGGCCGACUACCGCGCGGCGCUACGCAACCUAGAGAGCAUCUCCGAAGAGAUCCACGCCCAGCGACGAUCCGUCGCCAUGGGAACCAGGGAACAGGGUGUCGGUGCGGAGGGAGACGGGGGCAACGAGGACAUCACCAACUUUAAGAUGGAGUCAGACGGUCUGUCAAUGGUGUCCGUAUCAAUUGAGGAAGAGGGAGGUCACAGUAGCAGCUCAGAGGAGGAGGCCGACACUCACUCCACCUCCUCACCCCAAGCCACGCCCUCCUCACCUUCCUCCUCCUCCUCCCAACCUUCCACCUCCGCCUCCACCCCCCUGGACAUGUCCUGCUCCUACCCCGCCUCCUCGCUCUACACCGCCUGCUCCUCCCUCUCCUCCUGUCCCUCCUCCCCCGUCCUCUCCUCCUCCUCCUGUCCCGGUGGACUGGAGUUAGCCAGCCCCUGUGGCUCUCAUGACCCAGACUCGGCGUGUGAUUCUGGGCACGCCUCCCCUCUCCUUGGCCCUCGUAGCCAGUGCAGUGGAGCUUCCUCUCCAGACUGCGACCAGGAGAGAGGUGACAGAGCAGAGGGAGCAGAGGCGACGCUAGAAGCCGGUUUGAACAAGCUAACAUUGACUGUAUCACAAAAACAAGAAGGGGACUCUGGGGACGAACAAGACCCCCAUUUCAUUAACCCUGAAAUUUCCUCUCCCAGCUCUUCUACUAGCAUUCUGUUACUCAACAGUGUCUAACGAACGUCUGUCACACCUAAAACACUCACUGUGCUCAGCUUCAAGCCUCAAACUGGACUCUGGGGCAGAAGAUGGAGCGGGACAGGAUAAAAAUGCUUCAUCAAAUAAGCAACCUGCACAAUGGAAGCUCCAACAAACCUGACUCUAUGUCUCCAUGUUGUCUGAACAUCCAAUGGUGUCAUAUUAAAGGUGCUAUACGUAGUGUAACUGAACAUCAGUGCAUCUUUGUCAAAUAGAUUGGUCUCUAUUGGUAUUAUUAGUGUUUGAGUUAUUAAAAUGACUACAUUUCCCAUGAACCUCCUUGUCUCCUGUUGCAAAGAGGAUAUAACUUUUUGCCAUUGAACUGUUACUACUCGCUCUGUUUCUCUAAAAGAAGAACAAGUCUAUAAUGUGCCACAAAGAAAUGUGUGUUGUAUAGCAGUAUUGCACAUUUUCAUUAUUUGGCAUAUUGUAGAGGCUGUCAAUCAUCUCAAUAACGGUGUAACCUGUCUACAGCUUUAUAGUUAUGUGUCAGAGUUAAUGUGGUAAACAUUUAUCAGUGUAAACAUACUACAGUUGGAAACACAAAGAGAUAUUUUUUUUUGCAUUAAUAUCAACAGUGGGUCUUUUUGGGAACUGAAUCUUCACAAGGAUCAAAAUGGGACGACACAGAAGGAUGUGUGCACUGCAAAAAAAGCCAACUUGUAUUUUUUGGCCGAAAACAGUGAUUUAAGUUGGUAAAACUUGGAAAUAUAAAUCAUUGAUAUUUAGGGCAAUAAUGUAAGUUAGCACAACAAAGGAAGCCAGUUGUCUGCUCAAAAACAAGUUUGUGAGUUGUUGUUACUUAUAUCUUUAAGUUGGGGUUCACAACAAGGGACAAUAGUUCUGAUAACUCUUAU